AUGGCCGCCAUGGCUGCCAAUCCGCUUGCUGCUUUCCCUCCUGGCUUUGGCGACCCGGAUCUACUGAGGAGACUCAGCACAAUUGAAGCUCAGCUGGCUCGAUUGAGUGAACAAGGAGCCCAAGAGGCAAGCGCCAGUCGCAAGUACUCGGAUCAAUCCUUGGAAGAUGCUGCUUCCCCAUCUCGACCAUCGAUGCCUUCGCAAGAAUAUGGCUUCGAAAGCCAGCAACGAUUAUCAUUUUCCAUGCCCUCGCCAUUGACUCAGUCUGAUUCGAACACACAACCCUUCAGCACGAUGCCACCCGAUGAAAUAGUGCAGCAUCUGGUCGACACGUACUUCAUCCACGCCCAUAACCAGCCGUAUGCGUAUUUCCAAGAAGAACAUUUCCGACAGUUGCUCGGGCUCAUGAUCUUACCGAGAUGCUUGAUCUUUGCGGUUCUGGCAUCUUCGGUGAGAUUCUCAAACCACGACUACUUCCAAGGACGAACACACGAGGCAAUGGAGAGCUAUGCGCGACAAGCCUGGCUGAGUGUUCUGAAUGAGCAUUUGACGGUGGAAAACUGCCCAAAUCUUCAUGUCGCGCAAACAACCAACCUCCUGGCUAUUGUGGACUUUACAGCUGGCCGAACAAGCUCAGGAUGGCUUAAGAUCGGUCUCGCAGUCAGGAUUGCCCAGGAUCUACAGCUCAUGAAAGAACCCAGUCCAAUGCUCCCAAUUGUCGAACAAGAAGAACGGAGACGAGUUUUCUGGUCGGUAUAUCUUCUUGACAAGUUGGUAUCCUGCGGCAAAGCCAGACCUCCAGCCAUCGCCGACGAAGACUGCCAUGUCCAACUACCUUGCGAGGAAGAGGUUUUCCGAACCGGCACCUGGAAGCAAACUGCUACUCUCCACCAACUGUUGAACUGGAACACAGAUCUUGGCGAGAUUCGCGGCCAUUUCACUCUUGCUAUCCUCGUGGCUUCCGCUCUGGGCCGCUGUGCGCGUUACGUGCUUCAUGAGCGAGAGACAGACGAUGUGUUGCCAUGGGACUCGCGUUCCGAGUUUGCAGCAAUCAAUUCCUUUCUCCUCCUGACUGAGCAACACCUACAUGUGGAGGACCUCUCAGUCAACGACAUAAUCGCCAACAACACAUUACCCGAUGGCUCACUAGAUCAUCAAACAGUCGGCCACGCCAUCUUUGCACGCGUCGUCUUCCACCUAUGUCAUUGCCUGCUCAAUCACCCGUUCCUCCUGGCUCUUCGACUGCAAAAGCUCAAGUCAAAGGCCCCCUCGAGUUUCUUGUCUCGAAGUUUCCAAACGUGCAGUGAGCACGCCUGCAAGAUACCGGCUCUGCUGGAUCAGGCGCAGAAAGCCGGGUGUCAUGUUGAGGCGUCGUUCUACGCCUAUUCAACAUGCCUUGCAGGCAGUGUGCUCUCGCUGUUUAUUCAUGGCGCCUCGAGCAAAUCACAAGGGCCUCAUGAGCUUCUUGAACCUGGACAGCAAUGUCUUAGCAUUCUGAAAGACAUGGGUGCAUUCUGGGAUCAUGCUUCAAAGAUGCACACGCAACUCGUCAACUUUGACGCACAUGCCCAAGCCUUCCAAAGAUUGAUUGAUCCACAUGCCUCUUUUGAGAUCGAACCAGAAUUGGAGGCACUUCUAUGGUCCAUGGUAGACUACGGCGCCAUGUGUGGGAGCUCCAGGUCCACUAGUCCAGAGGGUCAACUGCCUGUAAACUUACAGUCACCGUCGUUUCUCAACUUUGACGUAGAUUUCACAGCGAGUAGCUCUUUUGACAUGGCUGGCACUGAAUCACUGUCGGGUGUACAGUUCACCGCAUGA